AUGAAGUAUAUUGCAGUGAAUAUACGCGCUCAGAUAAUCAUAUCGGACAAUGGGUUUUAUAAACAUCAUUAUAUGAUCAUCCUGACUCCGAAACGAUUGGGCUAUACCCGGUAUGACAUUGGUAAGCGUUAUAAUGAAGAUGCACUUAAGUAUGCGAUGGAAAAAUCAUAUUCGAGGAAUAUGACGCGGCAAGGUCGCGAGGUCACCCGAGCGAUCCGCUAG